AUGGCGAAUGUUCUUGAAAAAAUUGCCAAACUUGCCCUUCCACUUGGGGCGGCAGCAAGUUUACUCCAAUAUAGUAUUUAUGAUGUUCAAGGAGGACAUCGUGCUGUGAUAUUUGAUCGUAUUAAGGGAGUUAAGGAAAGGCCAGUCGGUGAAGGUACACAUUUCCUCGUUCCUUGGUUACAACGCGCUGUUCUAUAUGAUGUUCGUACAAAACCUCGCAAUAUAUCUACAACAACUGGAUCAAAGGAUAUGCAGACUGUCAGUUUGACUUUACGUGUUUUACAUAGACCUGAUCUUGACAAAUUAUCCGAAAUUUAUCAAUCUUUGGGUAUGGAUUAUGAUGAAAGAGUGUUGCCUUCUAUUGGAAAUGAAGUAUUGAAAGCUGUUGUUGCUCAAUUUGACGCAAGUGAAUUGAUCACACAGCGUGAAGUGGUUUCUUCAAAAAUACGCGAAGACCUUGUAAAAAGAUCUAAAGAAUUUAACAUUGAACUGGAAGAUGUUUCUAUUACGCACAUGACUUUCGGUAAAGAAUUCACAAAUGCCGUUGAACAAAAACAAAUUGCUCAACAAGAAGCCGAAAGAGCAAAAUUCAUUGUAGAAAAGGCUGAACAAGAAAAACAAGCUUCAGUUAUUCGUGCAGAAGGUGAAGCUGAAGCCGCAGAAAGAAUUUCCAAAGCUCUUGAUAAAGCUGGUGAGGGGUUGGUUUUAUUGCGUCGUAUUGAAGCUUCUAAAGAAAUUGCAGCAACAUUAUCUGCUUCAAGGAAUAUAACAUAUUUGCCUGGUAGCCAUAAUGGAGGAUCCAAUUUAUUGUUGAAUUUGGGUGUAUAA